GUAACUUUUGAUAACGACGGACGUCUUUCCGUUUACGGAGACAAUUUCCAGAAUUGGAUAUCAAUCGAGAAAUCGUCGAAAAUGUCGAACACUGUGAAUGAAGGCCCCCUUGCGAGGAUGCUGGGAACUUCAACCAAAGAUCAUGGUGACACCAGGUCCCAGACGGCCUUGGUGGAGUCUCGGACCGUGCGAGUUGUGUGGAGGGGUCGCCUUGCUGAGGAGACUUUCCUCUUCGGAAGCUGGGAUGCUUGGGCAAAAGGCAGGAGGGUCACCAAGAGUGACAGUAUUGAAGAGUAUGUGGUGGUCCUGGAGCUUAAUCCAGGGAGAUACGAGUCAAAGUAUCGGUCGUGCAGCGGCGUUUGGUUCCACGACCCCACCUUGCCAACGACCGUGAAUGUGUUCGGCACUCUGAACAACAUACUGAUCGUAUCUGGAUCACCGAACAUUGGGACUGGGGAGCAAGGUGAAAAAAUGAUCCCUGCUUUGCUGCCAACUGCAAAGCAGGAGGACCUAGGCCCUGCGGCAGUGCCCACUGCAAAGAUGGAAGACCUGGGCCCUGUGGCAGUGCCCACUGCAAAGAUGGAAGACCUGGGCCCUGUGGCAGUGCCCACUGCAAAGCAGGAGGACCUAGGCCCUGCGGCAGUACCCACUGCAAAGAUGGAAGACCUCGGCCCAGUGGCAGUGCCCACUGCAAAGAUGGAAGACCUAGGCCCUGUGGCAGUGCCCACUGCAAAGCAGGAAGACCUGGGCCCUGCGGCACCAACGACCUUGAAUGUGUUCGGCACUCUGAACAAUGUACUGAUCGUAUCUGGAUCACCGAACAUUGGGACUGGGGAGCAAGAGGACAAGUCUGGAGAAAAGAGCUACGGAUGCUUCCGGGGGCUCUGGAGACGCCUGUUCCGGCGCAGGAAGUCCACAAAGGCUGCCACCCAUGAUGCCAAGGACAAGGCAUCCAGGCAGACCCCUGCAGCGGAAGGCAAGAAGACCCCUGCAGCGGAAGGCAAGAAGACCCCUGCAGCGGAAGGCAAGAGGCGAAGAUUCUGGAGGAGACGUGUCACGAAGAAGACCGACACUCCGGCUACGUAG